AUGCGUUCCGUCCGGAUUACGACCCCGACGCCGUUUGUUACUGGCGCCACAACACGAAGGGUCCGAGGACAUCUUCGGCUUCCGCACUCGCUCCCUCCGCAACACCGGCUGGUGUUCCUCCCGCCGAACACCACCUGCUUCACCCAGCCGCUUGACCAGGGCCUCAUUGCGAUGAUGAAGGCUCCGUACCGCCAGCAUUGGCUCGAGGCGGUGACGGCCCUGUGGGUGGAAGGCAGCUCUACGGCGGCUCUGGCGCGCUUCAAGCCCAAUCUCCGCAAGGUCCUCGACUGGCUUCUCGACGCAUGGAUGAACAUCGGCCCGCGCACCAUCCAGCGUUGCUGGUGGCGCACGGGCUGUCUCCCACUUGCGUGGGUCUUAUCCUUGGCCCAUGUGGGCGCUGGUGGGCUCACUCCCGGCGGCACGGCUGCUGCGCCGCUGCCCAUCGAUCUCGACGAGGAGAUUGGCGACGUGGGCAUCUUGAUCGACCGGCUGGCGCUCGGUCCGAGUGCAAUGCCGGCCGCCGACUUCGUCGCCAUUGAUGACGGGCAGCCGACGCGUGCCGAACCGGGCGAGGAUCCCCUCGCCAUUGAGCCCGCCACGGCGUUUUCGACGCAGUCUUGGGAGCUGCCCGCAACCAUGCAGACCGUGUACGACGAUGUGGACACGGCGACGCGCGAAGCACGUCGCACGGCGCGGGCGGCGUGUGAAGUGCUCAUCAGAUAUGCGCGCGCGAAAUGCGCCACCCCCCGCGAGCUCUGCGCUCUCUUUGAAAUUCGCAACCCCAUCAUCGUGGGGCGCAAGGAGCGGGCAAGCUCGCCAAUCAACUAG